UAAAUCUCCACAACGUUAUUUUACUUUCUAAAAUAAUUAUCAACAAGUGGGCUUCCAUGCUGGUGGGUCCCAACUACAUGCAGGCUCUUGCUCCAGACCUCUGCAUUAUGAGGCUGUCCACGUGAGGGAAUUUCUCAGCAUUUUCACCUGUUUAUUACCUACUGCAGCAUUUCACACUUCUAUAAAAAAGCACAAUGCUUUUGCUGAGCAAAUUCCACACAGAAAUCUAAUGUCGGGUGGGGGGAGAAUAGGGGGGAAGGAAGACCCGUUGGUAAGCAAUAGUUAUGUUUAAACUUAUUCCAUGAGGGAAAAAUUAUUUGUUGGGUCUUUCAUGGGUUUGGAUAUACACGCCUGGAAGCAGAGCGCUUUGGGACAGACUUUGGGAUCUACCAAUGCAGGAGAGGGCGUCAAACUCAGAAUUAUCUCUGCUAAUGAGGUCUGUGCUAAUGCGCUGUGGCCAGCACAUAGCAAAAGUAAAAUGAAAUCAAGCAGAGAUGCUGCUCCUGGCCUGCCUUCCUGUAGACCUGCUACUUCAAGACUGUAGAGGAUGAAGGACAAAAGUGAGGUUUUAGGUCACGGCUAAAAGGCAGAACUGAUUUCAAGAGCGUCACCUCAGCCCCAGCCCUGUGCUUGCUGGGACACGCGUAAAGACGCUGAAACUACGCACGGACACAAGACCUGAGCAGCCUCCUCCCCUCCAGCACAACCAGACCCAUCUCGAAGCGAGCGCAAGAUGGCGCCUGAGGGGGAAACGCAAAUCCCGCGCUGCGCACACCACGUGACCCCUCCCUCUCCGCCCAGAGCGGGGCCGCCCCUCCCAACUCUCGCGAGAGCCGCCCGUGGCGUCGCGGGAGCCGGUGCUGCGCUGCGGUAGGAGGUCGGCGGAGAAGGACGGAGCCGGAGCCGCUUCGCCGCCCUCCUUCCUCCCUUCCCUCCCUCCCGCCUCGCUCCCCUCCGCAGCCGGGAGGAUGCCGCGCUCCGGCCCGCUCCCCGCCGCUUUCUCCCUGCUGCUGCUGACGGCCGCGCUGCUGCCGGCGCCCUCCGUCGCGCAGAACGAGCCAAGGAUCAAUGCCAGCGAGGAUGUAACCAUCCAAGUGUACGGUCAGGCUGCCAUCACAUUACAGUGUAACCUCACCACCAGUCCCAGCCCCCUCUCUGCCAGCUACUGGGUGAAGAAUGGAGAAGAGAUUCCUGGCACUAGAAAAACCUCAAACACUACAGAAUACAAGAUUUUGAAGCCCAGAGCAGAAGAGUCAGGGGAAUACUUGUGCGUGUUUGUGUUUUCAAACUCUCCUGUAGCCAACGCCACUAUAGAAGUGAGAGCUAUCCCUGACAUCACCGGCCACAAGCGGAGUGAGAACAAAAACGAGGGGCAGGAGGCACUCAUGUACUGCAAGUCCGUGGGCUUCCCACAUCCCGAGUGGGUGUGGCGCAAGAAGGUCAACGGAGUGUUUGAGGAUAUCAACAACUCUUCUGGAAGAUUCUUUAUUUCAAAUAAAGACAACUACACUGAGCUCAGCAUCACGAACCUACAGAUCAACGAGGAUCCCGGCGAGUACCAGUGCAACGCAACCAACCAGAUCGGCUCCACGUCCGUCACAACCAUCCUGCGUGUCCGCAGCCACUUGGCUCCUCUCUGGCCCUUCCUGGGGAUCCUGGCAGAAAUUUUUAUCCUCGUUUUCAUCAUAGUUAUUUAUGAGAAAAGGAAGCGGCCAGACGAAGUUCCAGACGAUGAUGAACCAGCUGGGCCAAUGAAAACCAAUUCUACAAACAAUCAUAAAGAUAAAAACUUACGCCAGAGAAACACAAAUUAAAAAUGCUUAUCAUAGCUGCCUGUGCAGGAGUUACCUCAGAAAUGUCAGUUUCCUGAGUAACGUGAUUCCCAAUGAAUGCAUUCUGUGUGAGAGAAAAGGAUCCUGUGCAAAGGGUGUGCACUGCUGUGAGGCACGCAGAGAGGCAGCUGGAGGUGAAGGUGAGUGGUCACCAUGUUAUGGAGGGAUCUGCCUUUAGGUUAACGUGCUUCACAUGCCCAGUGUGGCCUCUUUGGAAGCUCUGACACAGCAAUGGGGCUGAAGCAUGCCACCUCCUUUGGGCAGCUCAGGACUGCUGUUAGCUUCUCCAGCUUCCACUCACUGCUUGAACAUAGAACAGUGCAAGGGCAGGCAUACUGACAUAUGAAGUACAGCUGUAUCUGUGUGUACUGAAAAAGACCCUCCUAUUUUUAGUAGUGGUAGUGGUUCAUACAGAAGUCUUGCUGUUAUCCUGGCUCAUGUUGUUGUCUUUAAAAAUGUUUUAAAAAACCAGAGAGAAUACCUGAGACCAAAGCUCCUGCUACCUUCUGGGGUGGCAGAAAUGGAGAAAUGCAGCUCCAGAGUGUUCCAGAGCAGCAGCAGGAUGGGUAUGUCUCCAAAGCUGAACUGGGGGAAGAAGCCCUGAUUGAGCUUUGUAAUUUGUGGGAAAUCCCAGCUCACAGCACAGCUGCAUUAGGCUGAAUAAAAAGUGUGUGAGGGCAAGUAGUAGAUGAUGUGUAAAACCGUAUCGGAGCCUUGGUGGAAGGGAAUUUGUCAGUAACUCAAGGCAGAGAUGGAUUACAGCGUACGGCAAAUGAAAGCCUCACUAGCAGAAAGCUGUGUUCAGAAGCAGGGAUAAUGCACCCACCUUAUACAGGGACAGAAGAAUGGCAAUUUUUAGUUUUGUUGAUAUAGAUAGCAGCCCUGAUAGCAUCCUGAUGUGUAAUGAAGAAACUUAGCAGAUGUUUACAGCACAAGACAGCUUUCUCUGCAUCUGAGUUUUACUUAUGGGAUCCAAAUUUU